UCCUGUGAUAAAAUUCCAAAGAAACUUGAAAUUACCCAAAUUCUGGUAGUUUACUGGUAAACUUUGAAGGUUCUAGAAGAAAAAGAAACGCACACCUAUUAAGACGAGGUGCUGGCUAGCGGAGUAGAAACUUGAAAAUGAAAUAGAGCCGCACACUCUUGGAGCGCAGAUGCAAAAAUGUAAUACCAACGUUUCGACAGCCAAGCUGUCUUCAUCAGGGUAUAAUCACAAACACUGCGGGAUGACUCGUUUAUAUAGUGUCAAAAGACACAGGUGUCUGUAAUCAUGGCCAGGAGUGGCCUAAUAUCAUUGGUUAAUAAUCAAAUAUUAAAAUGUCAUACAAAGAACACUUUGAAGGUUACCAGUAAUAUACCCUCCCAUUGAAAUUGUAUUGGUCCCAUCUAGCAUUUGGAGCUAGAAACAGAGCUGCCAUGUCUAUCGGAGCCACCUUGGUCGCUACAUGCAACCCUAGGCAGGACUGAUGUAAAACUCUGUUUCAAGCUAUAAUGUGGGGAUGGUAACAAGUGGUGAAUGAACAGUGCCUUUCAGAUGCAAAUGAUGAUGAGCAUAUGUAAAUUGCAUAGUACAGUGUGGGAGUACUUGCUCUCUCUCUCUCACUCACUCACACACACACUUUACUCUUUCAGCAUAGUUGGCCUACUUCUCCAAUAGAAAUCCGAGAUGACGCUUGUAGGCAAUGUUAUGGCGAAGUGUGCUAGCUAAACUCAUGUACAGAAACUCGUCAUCAGGUCUUAUUUGAUCACACCGACAGCUUAAAAUGGUACGCAGCAUCAUCUGGAUAUUUGUGCAACAAAAGUUCAACAUUCACCUACCAUUUCUGUCAAGCCGUCUAAGCAUACAGUUUGACGUAAUAACAUGUUCAACUACUUAAGACAUUGGUUCAGAUCUAGAUUGUGUCUUUAGAUUUUGAGAAAAUUAACUAAGGAAGAAUUUUUCACUUCUCAAACACCAAACCCCAUCCUGUUCUGCUUUGUCUGUUUCGCAAGCAUUCCCGUAAGUCUCACAAUGAUGGGCCUCUGGGUUUAAAAACUGAUUGAAAAUCAGGAGGCUGGUGGGAGGACCAAUAGAGGGACGGGCUCAUUGUGAAAUACAGUACAUUGAACAAAGUCAAACGUUGUUUCCAUGUUCGAAACCAUUCCAUUUAUUCCCAGUGGUGUGUAUUAAUGGAUGCAAAGGAAAGCCAGGUUUCCCCAAAAAAUUCACCAAAUCUCACCGAAGAAAGCAUCCAAGCGAGCUAAACAGCACUGUCUGUCUCUGUAUGUGUAGGCCAUCUAUCUGAUGCUGUCUGGUCCAAAAGAAUAUGAAAUUGAUGGCGCCAGUAGCAUUGAAUGCAAGGCAAGCCUUUUGUAUAAAAUAAUGGCCAAUCAGUGUAGAGCUCAACUGUGAGUGGUCCUGGCGCACACAUAAAAAGUGUCAAGGGAAGCCCGUUUGGAUUUGGCUUCACUCCAAUCACAUUGCAUCGAGAGCAAACAUUGACCGAAACUCGUUGUGCAUCUCAUUGUAUUGUUGUCCUCUGGUGGCUAGCUAUCUAAAAUUGUCCCUUUCCUAAAUUAGCCAUGGAUGAUAGGGAUUUGGACUUGUGGUUUUAAUUCAUUCUCCGUACUGGCCAAUGAUUGUAAUGGCGAUUCUGAUCCAACCAUAAAUUCAUACAUUGUGCCCCUGGCCAGAGAGGAUGGAAGUUCAAUGUGUAGCUAGUUGUAGAAGGCUAAUGUUAACUAGCUAACAUUGCCCAUGAAAGGAAAUUAGGCUAGCGAGCAAGCAUUUUAGCCAGGGUAGCCUAGGACAUCAAAAUAUGAAAGUGUGUACUGUAUGACAGAGUGAAAAAAUGUUUAAUCAACAUGAGAGGAGGAUGGCAUUGACAAGUAGGGUGAGUCAAAAUGUUUUUUCUAUUUGCACGAACGCGCAUGGCCACAUCAUAUUUAGCUUAUGUUGAUUGGACUAAAUUGUUUUUGGUAUCUUUUAGCUGUCACUGUAUUAGACAAAGCAGAGGUGAUUUGAUAAUGUUGAAGGUGAAAAGGUGCUGGAAUAGUGGAGGCAGCUCAUGUUUCCUUUGCGACUUGCGGUAACUCACCACGGUUCUAAAUCAAUAGUUGUUUAGUGGUCCUAAAAUGUCAGAAUCAGUAACUUGCUUGACCAUGUUGUAGGUCAUGUAACGGAUUGUUACAUGCAAUAUGCUUUGUGGACUGCACCAGACAGAGGUUGAGACAGAGGUUGCUUUCUGGGUUUGUGAUGAAACAAAGGUGUGGUUGAAUUUAUUCUGCCACUGUGUCUUCUCGUUGUCUCGGCCUUAGGCAUAUAUAUCAGUCGCAAGGCAUAUGAACUAACAGGUUAUAGAGCACAGGUUAUAGAGCACAGGUUAUAGAGCACAAUGCAAUUAUCACAAAACGGGUUGUAAUAUGGCUUUUUAUUCUGGCUUGGCUUCCCCAGUGAUUUUACCCACGCACCGCUACUGUUUAUUCCAUUCCAUCCAUUAAUGUGCCCGUCCUCCUAUAGCUCCUCCCACCAGCCUCCUCUGGUGGAAAUGUCUAAUUAUUUUGUAUAAAGGGAUAUGUGAAAGAUAUUUUCAUAAACCUCAAGACAUUUUUCCAUAAUAGCCUAACCAUGGAUAGGUGGAUGUGGUUAUCCAGGUAUCUGGGACAUGGAACACGAACAAGGAAGUAACGCAACAUGUAAAACAGAGUGAGAUGAUUGGUAUCAGUCACCUCAGUAGAUGGAGAGCAUUUCAGCCUCUGCUCUAACAACUCUCUCUUACUUAGAAACAUACAAUGUUGUUUCUUGUGGUGAUGGUGUCAUUUCACCUGGUGAAACAAAGUGACACAUGCUCCUCUUUACCACGACUGAGCCUGGAUGGAGACUACAUUGUGGGGGGACUAUUCCAGCUGCAUGAGAAGUAUGGAGGGACUGGUCCAGCGACUGACACUGAAAACAAAAAACCUGAGGUGCUUCAAUGUCACAGGUUUAAAUUUUCCUCAGCAAGCUACCAGCAGAUUCAAGUCAUGAGGUUUGCUAUUGAAGAGAUCAACAACUCCACAUUGCUGUUGCCUGGUGUCAGCCUGGGCUAUGAGAUUUUUGACUACUGCUCUGACUUGCUCAGUUAUGGGGCUGCUCUGGACUUUCUGACCCAAAAGGGAAGAGGAGCCAUCCCCGUGUGGAACGGUACAAACUACAGACCUAAAGUCAUCUCAGUCACUGGCCCGUUUGGAAGCAGCCAAACCAUCAGUGUCGCCCCUUUGUACAUGUCUGAGAUGGUUCCAAUGGUGACUCAUGGGGCAUCAAGUGUCCAACUGAGCUCAAAAAUCAGAUUUCCCUCCUUUUUCAGAACCAUUCCCAGCGACAAAUAUCAGGUGGAGUCUAUAGUCCGUAUACUCCAACAGUUCAACUGGAACUGGGUGGCUUUCAUCGGUGGUGACAAUGACUACAGCAGAGAUGCCUUGACAGUUUUUCAGGAUAAGAUUAGACCAGCUAACAUCUGUUUGGCGUACCAAGACACCAUUCCCCAAAACCAAUCGUUAAUAGGGCAUCUAUUCAACAACAUAGCCAUGUUCAAUGUCCAGGUUAUUGUAGUCUUUGCCAAUGUGGAGUUUGUCAUUCCUUUCAUCCAAAAGGCCAUAGAUCUCAGAGUGAAGGAGAAGAUAUGGAUCGCUAGUGAGACAUGGUCCAUGAACCAAGAGCUGAUCAAGAAGAGUCAGAUUGAGAGGAUAGGGACGGUCUUAGGUGUCACUGUACAGAGGCACAAGGACCUGAGAGGAUUUGAUGAGUUCAUUAACAACACAGUAAAAUCCAGACAUGAGAAUGCAUGCACUGACAUGGACUUGAAGGAAAGAUGUGGACAGAUUUGCUCUGACUGCAACUCCACCAGUGCCCAGACAAUUAUUGGAGAGGACCCGACAUACAGCUUUGUCAUCUACUCUGCAGUGUAUGCUGUGGCUCAUGCUCUCCACAGUGUUUUGCGGUGUGGGACACGGAACUGUGCCAACUCAGAAAUCAUUGCUUAUCCUUACAUGGUCACUGAGGCACUAAAACAGGUCAAAUUCAAAUUGGACAAUCAAAGUAUAGAGUUUGAUGAGAACGGGGACCCACCGGCUCAUUACGACAUUGUACACUGGGACUGCAGAAAUAAAACAUGUUCUAAUGUGGACAUUGGCUCAUACGUUACCAACCCCACACCAAGCUUCCAUAUUAAUGAAACUCUCAUACAUUGGUUUGAGGGCACAAAGGCUCCAGUUCUGCAGUGUUCUAGUGAGUGUAAAUCUGGCUCCAGAAGAGUUCAAACUGGCUUCCACACCUGCUGUUUUGAGUGUGAGAUCUGCUCUGAUGGAAAGUACAUCAACCACACAGCCGAUCCCUACAGCUGCAUAGCAUGCCAAAAGGACGAGUGGGCCAGGAAUGGCAGUACCUCAUGCACUAAGCGCUCUAUAGAGUAUUUGCAUUCUGAUGCUUCGUUGGCCAUUUUUCUGAUGUUCCAGGCCAGCUCCAUCAUCCUCAUCUCAAUGGCCAUCUUGGUUCUGUUCCUUUGUAAGAAGGACACCCCUGUGGUAAAGUCAGCCGGUGGGAGGCUCUGCUUCUUCAUGUUGUGUUGCUUGUCCAUGUCCUCCAUCAGCGUCUUCCUACACAUCGGCAAACCCACAGAGGCCAUCUGCACCGUACGCAAUUCUGUGUUUGUAGUCUUCUAUGUGGCCUGCCUGUCCUGUCUCGCUGUUCGCUCCUUCCAGAUUGUCUGUAUCUUCAAAAUGGCCGCCAAGCUGCCCAAAGCGUAUGAUUUCUGGGUCAAGCAUGGUGGUCAGUGGAUCACUAUUAUCACAACCACUGUCAUAAUGCUGUUUCUGUGCAUUUUGUGGAUAGCCAUUGAAGGACCCAAGCCCAAUCAGAUAACAUUGUAUAGCGAGAUAAUUUUGGAUUGCACAUAUGGAGUCAUCCCCAUCUUUUAUGUGAUAGUACUGUUUGCCGUUUUGCUGGGUAUUGCAUGCUUUAGUUUUGCCUACAUGGGAACUGACCUGCCCAAAAACUACAACGAGGGUAAAUCUAUCACUUUCAGCUUGCUUAUCUUCUUCAUCUCUUGGGUCAUCUCUCUGACGGUGCACCUGUCUACCAAAGGAAAGCACACACUCUCUGUCAAUCCUUUCUCUGUACUGUGCAGUCUGUAUGGUAUACUCUUUGGUUAUUUCUUCCCUAAAUGCUAUAUCAUUAUCAUUACACCGGAACGUAAUACCGCAGCCUAUUUUCAAACUGCAAUCCAGAGUUACACACUUCAACCUAGAUAAUGUACAUAUGUCGAGACAUAUUGUUGUGUGGCACUAGAACUGCCAGUUAGUUCUGUGAUGUU